CAGGUUAAUUUUGAGAAUUACAGAUGCAAGUUCUUCACCUUGAUUUCUGGAGGAAGAAGGGGAAGUUAGUGCUGGGUGCUCUGAGGGACGCUCAGGCCAGGUCCUAAGUCUCGACAUGGAUGCAGUGAGCUAUGAUGAUGUGCAUGUGAACUUCACUCAGGAAGAGUGGGUUUUGUUGGAUCCUUCACAGAAGAGUCUCUACAAAGAUGUGAUGCUGGAGACCUACAGGAACCUCAGUGCCAUAGGCUACAAUUGGGAAGACCAUACUACUGAAGAACAUUGUCAAAGUUCUAGAAGACAUGGAAGGCAUGAAAGACGUCCCACUGGAGAGGAACCUUAUGAAUCUAGUAAAAGUGGUAAAGCCUUUGCAUAUCACCAUCAUCCUCAGUGGCAUGAAAUAAUUCAUACUGGUGAAGACUUUGCAUAUCACAGUAGUCUCCAAAUAUAUAAAGGAAUAGCUAUUGGAGAGAAACCUUAUGAAUGUAAUCAGUGUGGUAAAGCAUUUACAUAUCAUAGUCAACUUCGAAGACAUAAAAGAACACAUACCGGGGAGAAACCCUACAAAUGUAAUCAAUGUGGUAAAGCCUUUUCACAAAAUGGUCAUCUCAUAAUACAUAAAAGAACACACACUGGAGAGAAACCUUAUGAAUGCAAUCAAUGUGGUAAAGCAUUUACAGAUCAAAGUCAACUUCGAAUACAUAAGCGAGCACAUACUGGAGAGAAGCCCUACAAAUGCAAUCAGUGUGAUAAAGCCUUUUUGCAAAACAUUAAUCUCAGAAUACAUAAACGAGCACAUACUGGAGAGAAACCCUACAAAUGUAAUCAAUGUGAUAAAGCCUUUGCGCAAAAUGGUCAUCUCAUAAUACAUAAAAGAACACAUACUGGAGAGAAACCUUAUGAAUGUAAUCAGUGUGGAAAAGCGUUUGCAGAUCAAAGUCAACUUCGAAUACAUAGAAGAAUACAUACCGGAGAGAAACCCUACAAAUGCAGUCAGUGUGAUAAAGCCUUUGCACAACAUAGUAAUCUCCGAAUACAUAAAAGGACGCAUACUGGAGAGAAACCCUAUGAAUGUAAUCAAUGUGAUAAAGCAUUUUUACAAAACAUUAAUCUUAAGAUACAUAAAAGAGCACAUACUGGUGAGAAAUCUUAUGAAUGUAAUCAGUGUGGAAAAGCCUUUGCACGUUACUAUCAUCUUCAAUGUCAUGAACGAAUUCAUACUGAAGAGAAACCUUACAAAUGUAAUCAAUGUGAGAAAGUCUUUUCUCAAUCACACAGUCUCCAAAUACACAAAAGGACACAUACUGGAGAGAAACCUUAUGUAUGUAAUCAAUGUGGUAAAGCCUUUGCAGAUAAUAGUCACCUUCGAAGACAUACAAGAACGCAUACUGGAGAGAAACCCUAUGAAUGUAAUCAAUGCGGUUCAGCCUUUUCACAAAACAGCUAUCUCAGAAUACACAAAAGAACGCAUACUGGAGAGAAACACUUUGAAUAAGCAAGCAAUAUGGUAAACUCUUUGCGUAUAGCAGUAGCCUUAGAAAUCAUGAGAAAAAUCAGCCUACAGAGAAACCCCACAAAUGGAGUGAGUGUGCUAAAGUUUUGUACUUCAUUGUAUCUUUAUACAAGAGGAAAAUCUGCAGUGUGUAAUCAGUCGGCUAAAGACUGCAUGUCCCAGUAGUCUUUGAGGUUCUGAGAGAACUACCGAAGGAAGUCUAUGACUAUAAGGGAUUUGGUACGAUCUUUAACCAACACACAUUCAGUUACACAACAUUAUUUAUUCUAGAGACAAAAGUGUAACAACGUGUCAAAAAUCUCUUCAAGCAUUGUGAUGUCACUGUUUUGGUUGCACUUUUGUUCCCACCCAUUUUUGCACGUUGAACCAUCUCUGCAUCUCUGGGAUGCAGCCAACUUGAACAUCAUAUGUGAUACUUUUGGUCUUUUCUUUGAAUUUGCAAGUAUCUUAUUAUUUUUACAUCUGUGCUCAUGUGGGAAAUUGAUCUAUAAUACUCUUUUGUUUUUGUUUUUGUUUUUCAUUGAUUUGGGUAUCAGAGUAACUGUG